UAUGACAAGCCGCCGUCGUCACCACAGCCGUCUGUGGACCGUUUAUCAGUGACGUGGGCUGACCCCAGUAGUAUGACAUCUUCGGGAGUCAACUUCUUCCACUUGCCUUCUGAAAUACCCGCUAACAACGAAGUCAAGUUUUCUCCAUCUACAGGAGAUGGGUCUGAAGACGAGGAUUAUUCUGCAAGCCUCAGCGCAGUGUUACGUCACCGUCGAGCUAGCGUACGACGCUCGCGUAAAGGGAGAACUAGACGACCUUCUUCCCCGUUCUUGGCUGAUGAAACACGUCUAAGGCGGCGUUCCUCUGUCUUCACUACCAGUUCCGGCGAUACAGUAAUAUCUAUCGAUGAUCAACCAAUAGUCACACAGGAACAAAUAUUUGAAAACAUCCAUCUUCAUAAAGAAGUUCUAGGGUCUGUGAAACAGCAACCACUUGGAAUGCGAAGAAAAUUAAAGAUUGUUCAUCAGGCUAAAGGUUAUAUUAAACGUCACGAAGGACAAUUACAGGAAAGACUUGCGCAAUCUAAAAGUACAAAAGAUAUUUAUGCAAGAUUUAAUAUUCUCGUAGCAUCGAAAUGGCAACAAUUGAAACGAGAAGCAGCCAACACGUCCAAUUUCCUAAUUCCUUGGGAAUUACGAAUUAAAGAAAUCGAAUCUCACUUUGGCUCCGUCGUAGCUUCAUAUUUUACUUUCCUAAGAUGGUUAUUUUGGGUCAACUUAGUUAUUGGGUUUAUUCUUCUUGUAUUUGUUAUCAUUCCCGAGUAUCUAACAGAAAAUCCUUCGCAAGAUGGUGAAAGAAAGAUAAUAAUGAAAGACGAACGCCGAAAUGCGACAAAUCUUCUGACACUUUGGGAAUUUGAAGGUGCCCUAAAAUAUUCUGCUAUAUUCUAUGGAUAUUAUAGCAACAUAGAACGGCCGGAAUACCGAAUGCCAUUAGCAUACUUUUUAACAGGAUUAGUCGUAUAUGUUUACAGCUUCGUUGCCAUACUGAGGAAGAUGGCAGAAAAUUCAAGAAUGUCAAAACUAUCAGAAAAAGAAGAUGAAUGCAUAUUUUCUUGGAAACUUUUUACUGGUUGGGACUUCAUGAUUGGUAACGGCGAAACAGCACAUAACCGAAUAGCAUCUGUUAUAUUAGGAUUUAAAGAAGCAUUAUUGGAAGAAGCAGAAAAGAAAAAAAAAUUAAGAAAUUGGCGUACUCUUUCUUUGCGGGGCCUUGUCAAUAUCUGUGUACUUAUUUUACUUGCUGUGUCAGCGUAUGCAGUUGUCACAGUAGUAUCGCGGUCCGAUGAUAAACCUAUAUUUAAAAUUUGGGGUCGCGAGCAUGAAACAACUAUCGUGGUCACUGUAAUUUCAAUAACUUUUCCUGUUUUCUUUGAAUGUCUUGGAAUUUUAGAACAUUACCAUCCAAGGAAACAAUUAAGAUUGCAACUAGCUAGAAUUAUGUUAUUAAAUUUACUCAAUUUAUACUCUCUAAUAUUUGCAUUGUUCAGUAAAAUAGAUGGCAUGAGUAAAGAUUUAAGCUUAUUGCAACCAGAACUAAAAAUGAACACUAGCAAUUUCUCCGAUGCUACGCUUUCUAAUGAAAAAGACAAUUUUAUAAACGAAAAACUUCCAUAUUGUAGUGAAAUUAUUGUGUCGUGCUUACCAUGUGAAAUGCACAGACUACCAAUUGAAAUGUCUCAAAAUAUAUUUGAUUCAUUGAAUGAAGAUCAGACAACGAAUUUUCCUAUUAGCCAUAGAAGCACGGUAUUAUCUAAUAAUAAUGUCAAGAAAAGUAUUAAAAAAAGAGGUUUGAUAGAAUAUGAAUCAAUUACUGAAACUUCUAAAGAGGCUUCCAAUGAAGUAGAUGUUGCAUUUAGAAAAGAAAUUGAUAAAAUAAAAAACAUAAGCAAGUUGUCUGCAAGGGAAGAAUAUUAUGUUGAAGUUACAACGGAAACAAAUGAUACUGAAUCAUACGAUAGUAGUGAUAUCAAUUAUGAUAUCUUCUCAAAUAACUUGGAUUCAACCCAAGAAAAUGUAACAAAUUAUAUUUUAAACGAUUAUACUUCUGAUACUCCUCAAGUUUCUACGUCCAUAGACACAGAAACUACAAAAGAUAUUCUGUCUAGUACAGAAUACAGUACAGGUUAUUCUACGAUAACGGGCAGUAAUCCAACGUCAACAGAAAUCACCACUGAUGCUUUUGGUAUUGGUUAUUCAACAAAUUCCAGUUUAAGUACUGGUGACACAAAAACAAGCACCAAUGAUAAAUUGGGUAUCACGGAAACUAGCACACUGGAUAAAGAUUUUGAUUAUGCUACAGCAACAGAAACGACUUCCUUUAAUUCAAUACAAUUCACGUCUUACGACGUAAUAAGGAAUUCUACGCACUACACUUCUACACCCACAUAUUUAGAGGGACCUAACAUUUGUCCAAAUAUAACAUUUAAUUGUUCAAUAAAUUGUGGUGAUAGAAAUAUAACUCAAACAUUUUAUAUGUCUAAAUGUAAAAUUUUGUUUAUUAAAUGCUACCAUAAACAGUGCGAAACUUUACAGGAUGAUUUGAUGGAUUUAAAAAAUAAUAAAACUAACAUUUCAACAAUUAAAGAUACUGCUUAUCUUGAUGCAUAUAAAAGAAAAAUGUACAAUUUAACGCCAGAUACAAAAACUAAGUUACUAAAACUAUGCUGGGAAACUAUGUUUGGCCAAGAAUUGGUCAAACUAACAGUGAUGGAUCUAGUAUUUGUGUUAUUGGGAACAUUAUUUAUGGACUUUUUUCGUGCAUUGUUCGUUAGAUACAUGAAUAAAUUUUGGUGUUGGGAUUUAGAAAAAAAGUUUCCUGAAUAUGGAGAUUUUAAAAUUGCUGAAAAUAUUUUACAUCUUAUCAACAACCAAGGUAUGGUUUGGAUGGGAAUGUUUUUCUCUCCGGGAUUGGUUGUUCUAAACGUUGUUAAACUAAUGAUCAUGAUGUAUCUUCGAUCUUGGGCAGUAAUGACCUGCAACGUACCACAUGAAGUUGUUUUUAGGGUUUCCAAAAGCAAUAAUUUUUAUUUAGCAUUGUUACUGACAAUGUUGUUUUUAUGUGUAUUGCCGGUUGGAUACACUAUAUUUUGGGUAACACCAUCAUGGCACUGUGGACCCUUUUCAGAAUAUGAUAAAAUUUACAAGAUAUUAACAAAUAAUAUUUACAAAGUACUUCCUGGUCGUCUUAACUUUGCUCUUGAGUAUAUGACGUCACCAGCAAUAGUAAUACCACUACUAGUGCUAUUAAUACUUAUCAUAUACUACUUAACAUCAUUAACAAACUCACUAAGAGAAGCUAAUAAUGAUUUAAAGAUACAACUUAGAAGAGAGCGAACAGAAGAAAGACGUAAAAUGUUUCAAUUAGCGGAUACUCGUAGACGAGGUGGUUCAUCGUCUAUAGAUAACACUCCUUUUGCCAGAUGGAAAAAGGCAUUACCAUCCUUACCGAUCAGCAAAUCUAUAGAUUCGGAUGACCGUAAAACUACUUUUGACGAAGGCAAAGAGUCCAAAACAGUAAAAAAGAAAGGUGGAAUAUUAGCAAAAAUUGUUAAUACAAUGAUAGAUCGAAAAUCGAAUUUAGAUAAUAUUCAAGAUGUUACAUGCUCACACAAUAUAGACGAAGAAACUGAUACUGAUUUUCAUGAAACUUUACCUAAAGAAGUUUUAAAAAUUAAGGAUAUCACAAUUUCUAAAAUUCCUGAAUAUAAGAAGUCGCCAGUUGUAGAAUUUAAGACCGAAAAUAUAUUAAAGUCAGAAAAGCCAGAUACAAAUGCCACACAUAAAAAUGUUGUUGCAGAAAAGUACAAUACAAGUUCUGUUAACGUAGAAGUAAAUAAUAGUAAUAUUUUUACUAGAGACAACGUUGAUGAUGUUCAAUACACAAAACAAGACUCUAAGUCUAGUAGCCUUACAAAACAAACGGAUUCCAUUGGAUCAGUUAUACCAGUCAUUACAAUUAGUACCACGGAAAGUGAUGAUGAAGUUUUGCAAACCGUAGAUACUAAAGAAACAUGCUCAAAACAAGACAAAGCAGUCAAUGAAGAAAAAUGUAAUCAUAAAUCCAAUGAGCAUGAAAACACUAGAAUAUGCGUUAAAAGAACUAGAAAUUGUUCUGAUCUAAAAUCUCUUCAACGGCAAAGUAGUGUCGAUAGUAUAAAUGAGAACAAAAGUUCAAAAGAAAGCGCAUUUGAAGAAUCUGGUCACAAUUACCAAUAUUCAUUAUAAAUCAUGACUGUAAAAAGGUUAAAUCUGUAAUUAAUAUAUUGUAGGUCAUACGAAAUUAUUUUCUUGCCAUACUUUUUUUACAAUCUUUAUAAACACAUAGGAUAAUUUUAAUCUUGAUCUGUCCAUCUUGAAGCUAUUUAAUAAAUAAGAUAAUCCAUUGAAUAGCUUGCCUAUUUUAAUACAAAUCUUGUAAACAACAAAAAUGCAUGUUAUAAUUUCACGAAAUUUUAGACAGAUUCAUGGUAUAUACGACACAGAUUCACACUAAUAUUAUAAAGGCGAAAGUUUGUGUAAGUGUGUAUGUUAGUUUCUCCUUUGCGCUGUGGCUACUGAAGCGAUUUGGUUGAAAUUUGGGAUUUAAAUAGAUUUUACUUUUAAUUAUUAUAUAGGCUACUUUUUAUCCUGGAAUAAUCUAUGGUACAAGAAAACUAAAUUUCACGCGGAAGAAAUCGCAGCUUUCAAUAUUAUUUUGUCUAAUAAAGAUUCCAGCCAAUAAGUUUAUAUUAAAGUUCUCAUAAAAAAGAUUAAAGACUUCGUUAUUUUAAUCAUUGCGCGACACUGUUACGCGUGGUCACGUGAUCGUGGCCUCACGCUAUCCUAAACACUCGUAGUAGAUACUAGAAUCACUAAGUCUGUGUUAUGAAAGUAUUCUGUUUUCUGAGUCUGUUGGUGUUCUGUGAACAUGAUUGACAAAAGCUCUCAAACGUAUUUUUAAAUAUUAUUUACAUUUUUUUAUUUGUAUUUAUAAAAUGCACAAAAUUUUAUUUACUUUUUUCAUAAUAAUAUGUUUACUUGAAGACACGUCCCUAUCAUUAUUAUCUAGGUUUAAAAAUCGUUACGAAUAUAUACCACAAGACAGUAAUGUGCCCAUGUUUACAGAAGAUUUGUAUGAUUUCGUGUUUACAAAUGAUAAAAUGACUACAAAUUUUAAUUCCUUGAAUAACCUUAAUAAAAUAAACAACACUGGAAAAUAUUUUAACCAUACUUUACAUAACAUUAAUUUAAAUACCAACGAAAUUAAUCACAAGAAAGUUGACACUAUUAAUGAAGGAGUCGAAUUUCUAAAAUUUCCUACUGAACCCUUUUACUACUUUAGGCCAACCAUAAAGACUUAUUUAAAAAAUCUCAAUGAACCGAGGAAAACUUUGGGGACUUAUUUUACACGAAAAACGGAUGUUCCUAGUACUGGUAAUAAUUUAAUCGUUUUAAUAGAUGUAAUUUGCUUACCAAGCCACAUUCAUUAAUUCAUUCAUUGAUUAUUAUCGACCCAUAUUCGGCUCACUGCUGAGCUUGAGUCUCCUCUCAGAAUGAGAAAGGUUAGGCCAAUAGUGUACCACGCGGACUGGCAGACUUCACACACGCAGAGAAUUAAGAAAAUU